UCAAUACUCCCGGAGCCGCAAGCCAGCAUCACCUGGCUGCUGGAGAAACCCUAAGGACGCCAUCGAGAACCUUCAGCUGGUGGGGCGACGUGCCAAACUUCCCAAAAGAGACGUGAAAUCUCGGAAACUGUCCUAUACUGCAGGGAUUCAGAUCGCUAGCGGCGAAUCUGGCGAUCCUUGCCCCCUGCAUCUCUCCAGGUUUUGACGCCAACACACCAAUCAUGGAUCAUCGUGAGAGCCCCGUUGCUGCAGGAUCCAGACCGUUCGGUGCUGCUGGCAACCAUGUCAUCGGGUUCUAGGCCAAACUUCAGGCUCCACGCCGAGGUGGACAAGGUGACAAGCAGAUAUUACUCAUUAGUACUUCGUAUUCCUUGACCUCCCUUCCUCACACCUUGCUUUGUGGUCACCUCACACUCGUUUUCCAGCCUACACUCACUUCAGUCACUCAUUCGCCAUGAAGCAGGGCCCCAUCUUGCUGUCAGGUCUCACCUGGCUCCAAGUCGCAGCAGCGGCAUGCUGUCGCAGCAACAAGUGUCUCAAGGCCGUCGUCUCUUCGGGUCUUGAUGGACUCCAAGAUUGCUCUACCAACCUGGCUGUGACCGUCACGCCAGCCCAGAGCACCGUUACCGAGACCGUCACUCAGUUGCCCACUGAGCACAACACCUUUGUCCACACGGCCUUCUUCACCGAGACUGUCACCACGACCGCCGAGACUGAAACUGAACUUUUCACCCUUCAGACCACCGUCACAGAUGCCACUUACACUCAGCUCAUCACCAACACUGAGACUGUGGUUGUUACCGAGACAGCCCAACAGACCGUCACGGCAACGAACACCGGUGCUGCCUAUCCAGUCAAGGCACGAGGCGACACCCUCCUGGCCCCCGAGCCCGAGCCUACUUCUUCAUUGUCGGGUUCUGAGCCAUCCACCAUCCCAGAGUACGCCUCGGAACAAUGCCCAUCUUGGGAGGCCUACGUGAAGGCUUGCAGUUGUGCCGGUGUAGAACCCACAACCAUCACGGCUGAAGCUCCAUCCGCGGCCACGGAGACAGUGUCACACACAGCGGACCCCAUCACCGUCUCUGUGCCAACCACAUUGUCUGUCACCGACACUGUCUACGUCUCUUUGACCGAAACCACUGCCGCCACCGAUGUCGAGACAGUCCUUGAAACGGCCACAACCCAAGUCACUCAGACAGUUUCUGCCCACACCACCGUUACAGUCACGCAGACCACAACCACAGUGCUCCCCGCUGCAACAUGCUUACCGCCUUCCCAGGUAAAGGCAUUUAGAGGGUUGGCCACUGACUACGGUGGACAGCCCCUCGCUAUGUAUGCUAACAUGCUCAACGCCUUGACGGGCGGGAUGAUUUGGCAACCCCCUUCCACAUCCACGUCAACGUCGGUACAAUACAAAUACUUUUUCAAGCUCGACGACCAAGGACGCGUGGUUCUGGCCAAGGGAAUUCCGCCCUACUCCUACACGUAUGCUCUCUAUGUAGCAACAAACUCGAAUGGGGGUCUUUGGCCACAAGUCAACACAAAGGAUGCCAUCCAGAACUCGAUCAACGUCGGGGGUUCGGUCGCAUUCGUCAAGGGGUGCGUCAACUCUGUAACUGGAGAACUAACUUUGGACGCUGCGGGACGCAAGAAUAUUCUCUGGUGCGGACAGCAGAUGUGGAUGUCUACUGGGAAGGGGGAGGAGAUCAACCGCGGCACAUGCACCGUCAUGCAUCCCAAGGCCACGGAAAUUGAGGCUUUCUGGGGAUAAGCCUUCGUCUUGCACAAUUGAGGAGGGCAGUUGUUUUGCCAUGCAUUCUCGUGACUCUCUAAUCUGUGGAACUUUGUGUAAUUCCUCAGGGGUAAUCUUGGGAAUGUUUAUCUGACAUAAAUAUUCAUCUUGGUACAUCACUGUAGCCAUAUCCU